GUUCUUCUCCGGCUCCGCGUGUUAGGUCGCGAUUUCGCUGCUACAGCUGCUGUGCUGGCCCUAGCACGCUGCUUCUCCUUCUUGCCACUGCUUGAGGCCUCGAGGGGUCCGCGGGUACUCGGCCCCGCUAGCUGCGUGAUUCUUCUCAAGUUCUCAUCCGAAUCCUAGAUUGGCUUUGGCUGCUGAGGUUUUGGGGAAGUGCUUUGCUUCUUUGAUGGAGGCUUGUCGGAGCUGAAUCUCGCCUCGAGUUUUAGUUAGUCGUCUUCGGAUCUUCCCUUUCUUUUUCUGGUGGGGGUUCUUCGCCAUUUGGGGAGUUAAAUCCCAACUGGGAUUUUGUCGGCUGCUUGAGUUCCUUGGUUCCGCAAGUUUUGGAUGCGCUGUGAUUCGUUGGCAGAUGGUGAGCUUGUGAUGUCAAUUUGGAUUAAACAUGUUUCUCUGCUGUGCUCAAGUGGGAGAACAAGAAGUCCGCCUUCACAGUAGUUAUUUGUCACAACUCGCAAGCAGAAAAUGCACCCAUAUUCACUUAAGAGUUCCAAGGGAGCACCAAUCCUUCCGCGACCGGUCUUCGUUUUCUUUGUUGCAUUAUGUGGAUUCUAUGUCUACUACCUUUCCUUCAAUCAGAUUACACUAGGAAACAGAAGAGAAGGGUAUAAUGGAGAAGAACAAAGGGCAAAAAUUUGCAGAAAGCCUUCUAUGCCAUAUGAGGAGCUCCGUUACGUGCACUUUCCAAAACCUACAAGUUAUAGCAGGGGAGAAUGCUCAUGUACUCCUGUUCGAUUCUUUGUAAUUGUGUCUAUGCAAAGAUCGGGAAGUGGAUGGUUUGAGACCUUGCUAAAUAGUCACCCUAACAUUAGUUCGAACGGAGAAAUCUUUAACAGGAUGGAUAGAAGAGAAAAUAUAUCAUCCAUCUUACAAACACUUGACAAACUUUAUAAUUUGGACUGGCUCACCAGUGCAGCGAAGAAUGAGUGCACAGCUGCAUUUGGACUGAAAUGGAUGCUUAAUCAGGGAAUUUUGGAAAAUCGUGAUGAUAUAGUUAGUUAUUUGAACAAGAAGGGUGUCUCCAUAAUAUUUCUGUUCAGGAGAAACACAUUACGCCGGGUUAUAUCUGUGUUGGCCAAUGACUAUGACAAAGAUGCUAAGCAGUUGAAUGGAACUCACAAGUCUCAUGUUCACUCAAAAGAAGAGGCUGAUAUAUUAGCAAAAUUCAAACCAAAGCUGGAUCCAUCGACUCUGAUUGCAAAUAUCAGAAACAUUGAGAAGGCCAUCAAAGAUUGCUUGGAUCACUUCAAGAGUACACGGCACAUGAUCCUGUAUUAUGAGGAUAUAAUUGGCAAUAGCAAUGUAGUGAACUCAUUUAACAAAUGCCCUAAUUCCAGAUCAACAAAUUCACAGGUUAUUGAUAGCAUCUCUGUGCACGCAGGCACUUUCCCAGGUGCAGGAGUUUCUGAGAGUUCCGGUGAGGCCGCUGAUGAGCAGGCAGGUGAAAAUUCACACGAGGCCACUGCCAGACCUCGUCAAGAACUGGGAGGAGGUGAGCAGCAAACUGAACGGCACAGAGUUUGCUCACUUGCUUGAUGGUUCAGAUUACGGCAAAUGAGAUAUACACAUACUGAUGUGAGCAGCGGGUUAUUCGUAUUUGGAGUUAUAGUUGCAAACAUGCUUAUGAUUCUUUUGUACAGAUGAAUUUUGUAAAGAGCAAGGAGAUCGGAAUGAGUUGUAGAAAAUUUUCCUGUUUUGCCCGUUUCUUUAUUGUUACGAUAACCACUCAACUGUUCAGAAUGUAGCUACUUCCUCCUUCCACGUUUAUAAGGCGUGGUGGAACAUGACACGGUCUACUAAA